AUGACCGCAGACGCCAUUGAAAAGAAGCCAACUGACGCUACCAACAGUGCGACAGAUGUGGUAGAAGCGGCCGCCAGCGGCAACGAGAACGAAACCAACAAGAGCGACGACGCCCAGGGGUCCCCUGAUACACCCGUUGGCUGUUCCACGGUGAGCACAGUGCUGUUCGCCACUUUUGACAAAGCUGGACGGCAAUCAUGGUCGUCGAAAUCGCCAGACGUGGAGACUACCGAGAACAAGGAGACUCGGAAGUCGGCCAUCAUUGUGCGAAAGGUUGCACCCAAGCGGGCAGACUCGAGCAAGCCUCUGGUCAUUGACAGUCUGGUUAUCCAGUCGCCUUACCUGAAGAAGGUCCUCGCCAAGGUGCUAGAGGACUACCCGGGCAUUGUCGUCAACGUCGUCCGCCUCGUCUUUGAGAACCCAUUUGAGUGUUUCGUCCACCGCUGGGACCGCUUCAUCCAGGCCCUCGAGGACCCUGAGCUUGAUGACCUCACCAAGGACCAUCUUAAGCUCUUGCACGAGAUCCUGGAGGAAGAGCUGCGGGAUGUUCUCCAAGCCCGUGAAGACUUCAUCAAAACCAGGGCAGUCAACUGGGCCUAUGUCUGGACAAUCUUCACGCCCGGAUGCAUUGUUUGGGGGUCCAAGAAUGGAAAGCCCAUUGCAGUCAGGUUUGUCCGCGGCGAGUAUGCAAAGGACAAGUGCGGUAAAUUCUACGCCCUACAUUGCCAGUGCAUUGAGUGGGAUGGCAAAAUCCUGGGCUGGGCCAAAGCUACGCAAAAGAUCCGCCAGUAUCUCGGCACCAUGAAAGUCCAAAGUCUAUCAUGCUUUCCUCUCGAUAUGCAUUCCCAGAAGGAAAGUGUAACCCAGCUGCUUCGGGAACGUGGGCUGCGUUUCCAUGAGUUCGCCGGGCAUCGUUACAAGUUCUCCAAUGGUCUCGCUCUCUGGUAUGAUAGAAAGUACAAAAUCAUCCGACAAGAGAUGGUCGACUCGCGUAUUGUAAUUGACGCGAAGACUUGGGCGCAGGAGACCCCAGAGCUCUCAUUCACCACAACAAAGAAUCUCCGCUUGGGAGGAUACGUGAAGGGCACUGUGGGUGGUCGCCGCCCAGAUGGCAAUGACGACGGUUCCGAAUCCGAGAGCGACGAGAGUGGGGAGGAAGGUAGUGAGGAUGAGAGCGAUGAUGGUAUGGACGUGGACAUGGGAACUGGCGUCGAUGACGACUUUGAUCCCAAAAACCGCGGCAAAGAUGGCAGGGACCAGAAUCUCCCAAAGCAUCUGCUUAUUCUCACCAGCCCCAUGGUUAGAGGUUACUCGCUCAAGAACAGGCGCUGGAUGGAAUUCUUCAUCGACGAUGUGUCCGAGAUUACAUUCCGCGAGAACUCCUUCGAUUCUCUCGUCCUGGAGCAGGAGAAGAAGGAUCUGAUCCUGGCAUUUUCCCAAACCCAAAUCAAACGCAAAGACCAAUUCGACGACGUUAUCUCCGGCAAGGGUCGAGGUAUCAUCAUGCUCCUGUCUGGUAGCCCAGGCAUUGGAAAGACGCUCACUGCCGAAACAGUCGCCGAGCAUAUGCGUGUGCCCUUGUACUCGAUCCAUGCAAGCGACCUAGGUUCCUACGCCUGGGAGAUGCAGCACAACAUGAGCAAGAUUCUGACCAUGGUGGCUUCCUGGAACGCUGUCCUGCUCCUUGACGAAUGUGAUGUGUACCUUGAAAAGCGGGAGACUGGUGAUGUAUCACGCAACUCGAUUGUCUCUGUGUUUCUACGCAUGCUCGAAUAUUACGAGGGGAUCCUCUUUAUGACCACUAAUCGCGUCGACACCAUCGAUCCCGCAUUCGAGAGCCGCAUUCACCUCUCUCUAGAGUAUCCAAACCUUACAGAUGCUUCACGCGAGCAAGUUUGGCGUGCAUUCUUCGAGCCAAUCGAUGGCCAGGGCGACAAGGCUCAUGAACUCAGCGAUGCUGACAUCAAGGAGCUUAGCAAGUUGGACCUCAACGGCAGGCAGAUCAAGAACACGAUCAAGAUGGCUAAGCUCCUGUCUUGGCAGAGAGAGGAGUCGCUCAAGAUGUGGCAUGUAAAGUAUGUUUUGAAGGUCCAGAAGCUCAAGAACCUGUCAGAUUAG